UUUCCUCACAGGCUUGCACUCACUGUCUGUGACGCAGCCUACUUUCUUUACAAGCCUGGUAUUAGUAGCCUAUUCUUCUCUGAAUAAUAACUUUCUCUGAUGGCUUCCAUUGUAUCUUCCUUGGGCAAGGAGAAGGAAUUAAGGCUGCAGAGGCUUUUCUCCAGUCUUGUUCGUUUUCAUCUUCUGUACAAGAGCAGUCAUCAUGGAGCCAGAAGCAAUCAGCUCCUCUCCAGUUUCGACAGAUCUGGCAAAUUUUUGCUGGCAGUGUUUCUGCCAUCAGGGUCAGUCAGAGGAGCUUUCAUGAGUAAACCCCUGAAUGAUGGAGCUGAGAUUUCAGACACUGAGGCAUUUGUGUUUGAAAUGAAUGAACAGGAUGCCAAACGGUUUCCAGUGAUAAACCCAGCCAAAGCUAUCACGGUGAGCAGCCAAUCUGCAGUUCAAAGGGUCAACUUUGGAGGUGUGGCUUCACAAAUCUCUCCUCAAACUUCAUUUUCUAUCUCUUUUGGAAACUGUUUAAACUUAAAAUUAAACAGUGGCUGCUGGUAUGUGAGCUUCUGCCCAGAUGUGGCCUAUGGCAUGACCUGGCCACAGGAGAACAACAUUUGCUGUGUAGAUGUGGAGCUGCACCGUGUUCAAGAUGAGGAUGAUUUUUUUCCCAAACCUUGGAGAGAGGUUUCUUGGAAUGAUGUGACAAGGGACAAUCUGAGGACGGAUUUUGUCUCUUACAAGCUGUUGGUGAAGUCUCUACCCCGGGUGAAAGCUUUACUUUUGGGCCCAGUGGGUUCUGGGAAGUCCAGCCUCAUCAACUCUGUCAGAUCCACAAUGUACAAGCGCAUCGUACAUCUGCCCAACAUCGGCAAAGCAGUGGACGGGUUCACCCAGAAGAUGACAACUUAUGAUAUUCGCUUCAACCAGGGAGGUUCUCAGAGUGUUCUGAGCUUCUGUGAUGUGAAGGCAAUUGGAGAUGAUGACUCGACUGGUCUCUCUUACACUGACACACUGGCUGUCAUCAAAGGCCAUGUCCCAGAAGGAUACAAGUUCCAGAGAGAUGCUACAGUCAAUGAUACAGUAAGUGGCUACAUAAAAGAUCCCACCUUGAAUGAGCAGAUUCACUGCGUCCUCUUUGUACUUGAUGCCUCCAAAGUGACAUCGUACCCCAGAAGCCUGGAGUACAAACUCAGGAAACUGCAUACCACCAUAUCGGACCUGGGCAUCCCUCAGCUGAUUUUGCUCACUCAUGUGGACCAGGUGUGUCCGGCAGUAGAGGAGGAUGUGAAAUAUGUCUACUCCAGCCAAACUGUGCAGGAUAAGAUGACGAAAGCAGCUGACUUGGUGGGUUUGCCAUUGUCCUAUGUUCUGCCCGUGAAGAACUAUGUUUACCAGCUGACAAUGGACUGCAACACUGACAUCCUGCUCCUAAGUGUGGUUAUGAACAUCUUACAGGCUGUGGAUGACACACUCGAGGAUCAGUACUCUAUUAGCCCUGAAGUAGCUCCUAUCUCUAUAACACCUGAAAAAGAUAGCAUUGAAAAUGGACUUGGUCUUUUUGCCUAAGAUCACAAAAAUCCAGAUUACACACUGUCAUUUUAGCUUUACAGUGAUCGGUAUCACUGAUCACUUUACAGUGAUUUAUUAUAUGGUGGGGCGUUAACUAUUUUGUCUUGUCUUUACACUUUUGCAACAAAUUCAUUUAAAAAGUUAUUUCAAUCAAAAACAAAAUCAUUUCCACGGCAUACUUUCCAUUUGUCAGUGUUACUUCUUUGGUCUUCACUGUUGCAUUUCAUGGGCUCUAUUUUCAUGACAGGGCAGAAGUGCAUUGAUGGUUACUGACUGGGUGUUGCUAUUUUGAUUUGUUACAAGCUAAAUUUUCAUGUUUUUCAUGUUUGGUUGCUAUUUUUGCUACUAUUUUAGGUUAAUAGAUUGAGCUGAAUGAAUUUGGGUAGGAUGAUGUAAAAGUGGACACAACAUUCAGCCAAAGGUUUUUUUAGUACAGACGCAGGGAUAAAAAUGUAUUUUCCUGACUUACAAGUCCGAACCCAUUUCUUCCAACCAGGAGUCUCAUUAAUCAAAGCGUGCACAGAAGAAAAAGAUUGUGUAAGAGUUUGUCAAAUAAAUAAAUACAAUUU